AAAGCCACCGCUAGCGCCACCAUCUACCACCUCCGCCACCACUCCCUCCGCCACGCUGUUUUGUUCAAUAACAUCUUCAUUUUGUUUAUACACCCAAAUCUAUUCUCACUUGCAAUUUUCACUUCUUCUGUAAAACCCUAAUUAUCGAUUUCUAUAAUCGUCGAUCUUAUUUCUCUUGCUUCCUUCAAAACCCCUCACUAGAUUGUCCUAUUUGUUCGAUUCAAGAUCUGGGUUUUUCGCGUCAUUGAUUGAUUUGGAGAGGAUAUAGGAAAUAGGGUUUCUAGGGUUUGGGAUUGGGGGGAAUACGGUCAACGCUGGCUGAUAUUCGGGUCAAAUAAAUGGCGGAUCCGCCAGGAGUCCGCCCCAAUAAGAUUGUUUAUCGAUUGAGGAAGAAGAGGAAGCUGGAAGGCGAAGUUUGGGAUUGGUUCUGGUAGCGUUGUGGAGCACUAACGGUAUUGUCAAAGUGAUUGAAGGAGAAAGAUAAAGCAUGCUGAGCGUGCUGCGGGUGCACCUGCCUUCGGAUAUCCCCAUUGUUGGCUGCGAGCUCACGCCCUACGUGCUCCUGUGCCGUCCCGAUAAGACGAUCACCACAGAUGAUGUGCCGGAGUCUGCCCCUCUUGAUGGUCACUUCUUGAGAUACAAGUGGUAUCGUAUACAAACUGAUAGAAAAGUUGCUGUCUGUAGUGUACACCCCUCUGAGCAAGCCACAUUGCAGUGCCUAGGUUGUGUUAAGGCUAAAAUACCUGUUGUUAAAAGUUAUCAUUGCUCCCCAAAGUGCUUCUCAGAUGCAUGGCAGCAUCAUCGUGUUCUACAUGAUCGAGCUGCAAGUGCAGUAAAUGAAAAUGGAAAUGAGGAGGAAGAGAUAUUUGGUCGUUUCAAUGGUGCAGGAUCUGGAGUUACUAGUUUAUCGGCUUCAGCAUCAAGCACUAGCUUGUCUAAUGGUUCAACACCUUUGUAUCCUGCUGCAGUUACCCAGCGGAGUGGUGGUGAAACCUGGUUUGAAGUUGGACGUUCUAAAACAUAUACGCCAACAGCAGAUGAUAUCGGCCAUGUUCUCAAGUUUGAGUGUGUUGUGGUAGAUGUGGAAACCAAAAUACCUGUUGGUCAUCCUAAUACUAUUUUGACUUCCCGUGUCAUUCCUGCACCUUCCCCUAGUCCUCGUCGCCUUAUUCCAGUAAGUGGAGUUGACUUGAUGGGGCAUCUAGAUUCAGAUGGUCGCAUUUCGUCAUCUGGAACAUUCACUGUGCUCUCAUACAGCAUCUUAUCUGAUUCAUAUGCCAGCAGUGAAUUAUACAGUUAUUGCCCUUCUUGGGCUCUUUCUUGGCAGUACCGCAGACAGAAUUUAUUGCGGGAGAUUAUUGGGUAUCGUGCAGACAUUGUUUGUCUUCAGGAGGUGCAAAAUGACCAUUUUGAGGAGUUUUUUGCCCCUGAGCUGGACAAACAUGGAUAUCAAGCUUUAUAUAAAAGGAAAACAAACGAGGUUUGUAGUGGAAAUCCCCUUACAAUUGAUGGCUGUGCAACAUUUUUCCGUAGAGAUAGAUUUUCACAUGUCAAAAAAUAUGAGGUUGAAUUUAAUAAGGCUGCUCAAUCCUUGACUGAUUUUGCAAUUGCAAGUACCCAGAAGAAAGCUGCUUUGAAUCGGUUGGUGAAGGAUAAUGUUGCAUUGAUUGUGGUUCUUGAAGCAAAAUUUACUAACCAGGGAGUUGAUAAUCCUGGCAAGAGGCAGCUUCUUUGUGUGGCAAAUACACAUGUCAAUGUUCAACAAGAUCUAAAAGAUGUCAAGAUCUGGCAGGUGCACACUCUCUUGAAAGGAUUGGAAAAAAUAGCUGCCAGUGCAGACAUUCCAAUUGGGAGUAAAGAAGGGCGGGUUGUGUAGAAGUAUGGUGGGGUUCUUCAAAUAUUUUUCCUCAUUUAUAUAUGUAGAAUUCGCAAAAACCUCAAGACAACAGAGGAAGAAAGGUUGAUCUUCCUAAGUCAUAGAAUUAUAAUAAAUUCAUUCAUUAGUA